AUGGUAUCCCACACGCUCAAGGUGACUCUAGGGUUCGGGGUGCCCCCAGGGCUCAUGGUGUGCCAGGAGCUUGAGGUGAUCUUGGGGCUCGCGGCAUUUUUUUGGAAUUUACAGCGUUCCAGUGGCUCGAGGACCCCUAGUGGCCGUAAAACAAUCGCGGCCAUUUCAGCUCUGGAGACUGCGCCGCUGGGUUCCAUUUUCUGUGCCUUCCAGACGGCUGUGCCAGAACUGAAUCAUACCGCGGAUCAUGUUUUCCUUGGACUUUUUUUCACGGUCUCGUGUGCACAGGCCACAAGCCGCUGCGGAGCACAGCAUAUUGGGCAGUCUGCACUUUGCAGCCUCAAAUUUCAGCAGCACCACAGUGAUUAUACUAUUAUAACUGUUGGCAGUGACAGUGAUGAGAACAAUAAAGAUCCUGUGAUAGUAAAAGAGCCUGCAACAGAGCUUACUGAGAACACAGCUUCCACUGGUGGCAUGUUGACCAUACAACCACAUUUUCAAGGUGGUGGUAGUAAUAACCAUCAGCCACCACCCCAAAUGUCAAAUGGAGUUAGAGGUUUAACAGGUGUAGGUGACCAACCAGUUUCACAAAUGAACCGUCUAGCAAAUUUAAGACGUAAUCCUGACUCAGCGGGUGUAGAGUUUAUCCCAUUGAACAAAAAAGGACGAUCAUCUGCUUCAAUGGAGGAUAAUAUGGCAAGAAAUACAUCUGGAAUUUUUGAUAAAGAAAAACAUCGGAACCAACUUUUGGAACUGAAAUACUAUUGUGAGGGUUUGCAAAACCUUAUUGAAAACACAAAUAAGCAGGUUGCUCAGCUUUGUCGAAUCAUUUCAAAAAUGCAACAUACUGAGGAGGAACAGUCUUUGCUAAACAAGGCAAUACCUACAGCAGAAGAACCCAGUGUAGCCAACACCCCUGAGAUGAUGGGAGAUCUUAGCAUGGGCCCAGAUGCUGCCGCAUCAUUUGUCCGCAUCCUUCCCAAUUUGGAAAUUAUCAAAGCAGAAACCAACCAGAGAGAGAACACUCAGGUGAUGAAUAAUGUACCAUUAUUGGGAAAUAACAAUGGUCAAGAUAGCCCACAUGUCAUCAUGCAUUCUAAUGCUGACUCCAGCACAGAAAUGAGGUCUGAGACGGUGAUUUGCCAAACUUCAACAGUGGAAAAUGGCAGUGGACAAGAUACUGAAACAGAAUCUUUUGUCAUCACUCCUGGUUAUGCACUUUUGCCUUUAGAUAUAUUUGUAAAAGCAAAGAGCAUGGAGAACAGCAAUGGAACAAUGAUUUUUUCAACUGUAUCAAAAAAUGACAAUAGCCAUGGCUCUUCCUCAUCAUCUCACUCCAUCCCUUUACAUGUUGGGUAUCUUGGUAAUCCAGAAAGAAACAUCACAAUUCUUAAGAUGCAUUUGAUGAACGCUCAAAAGAAGCGUGAACCGAAGCAUGCGGCCCGCUACUUGGCUCGCAUUUUGUUCUCCAAGGAAGUCCUGGUUUGCAGCUCAGUAGGUACCAAUCCAUACCUAUCAAAUCUUAGAAACCGCCAACCCCUAGAUCCAAACAAGUUGGCUGCAAUAAGAGAGUAUCUGGCAACAGUUUUUCCCAACCAUGAUUUGCGUGAAGGUGGAAGAGAGUGGAGAGCCUGUCUUAGCUAUAUCAGUGCUCUGAUCCGCUAUUUAUGUUCUACAGUCAGAGAAACACGAGAAACUGUCACCACCAACUCCAGUAUACCAGCAUCUGCAUAUUCGAAUGAUAAUAGGGAUGGCGAUGGUGGUGAAGGCAGUUCCCAGCUAUUGCAGCAAGCAGAUCUCUCAGAAGCAAGAGCAAGCGGGAAUUAUCAGCCAAACAGCAGUGCUGUCCCUGAAGGAGUUGAAGAAUCUUCCACUAGUGAUUCACCUGUACCUUGUGGAGCACUGAGUUAUAUUGGAAAUCCAAAUAGAAACAUAAAGUUAUCACAUUUAGUACUUAACAUAGCCAAAAAGAAGGCUUCCCCAGAGAUGUCAGCCAGAUACCUUAUUAGCCACCUGUUUCCAGAAGAAGUCCUGCUCAAAAGUAAUGUCUAUGGCAAUCUGUGGCAUAGCAUAUGUGCCCUUAACUACAAUAAGAUCAAUGCUCUCCGAGAGUUUCUCCAAGACAUCUUCCCAAAAUGUGAUCUAUCAGAAAAUGGACGUGACUGGAAGUUAUGUAUGCAAUCUAUCAACUGCUAUAUCCAUAGUCUCAGAUGUGGACAUGGGAAUUCGACAUGCGAAUCACUGCCACCCGAAGCAAUGACCCCUUCAAUAAAGUCGGAGUCAAGUGAUACUGACUAUAGCGAUUAG